AGCGCGCGAGUUCGAGCGGGGCGCAUCGGAGGAACGCGUGCUUCCUUCGAGAACUCGCGUCGACGAUUCGCAUUCCGGUUCGCACGGUCUCAUCGAGCUGGCGCGUAAGCGAUCUCUCGAUUCCGCGAUUCGAAACGCUCCUAAUCGGACAAAGGAAUUUUUCGCCAGUGAUUGUCCUGCAGACACCUAUCGUUGGGCGAAUAAUAGACUCACCGAUAAGCAUUCAGAGAAUUCUGUCUGCAGCAGAGUAGUAGAAUAGCAAAGAUAGAAAAUUGCAUCGACACAGUUUUAUCUCCGGUGGACGUGCAAUUCUCCGCGCUAUAAUUCAGGGAAUCGCUACGGAAAGAGCAACUCUAAAUUCGAUCGGAAGGAACCGAAGAAAUUGGCAGCAUGUUGCAAGUUGUUCGCUCUACGAUUCGCCUAAGCUAUUCCCUAAAUAAGGAUGGCCGAAAGUAGGAUUUGAGAAAAAGUACGAACCGUGUACGCGUGUCAUUGACUCUACCGAAGUUUCGCGCACAAGCAUCGAAAGUUAGUAGUAAAACAAAUGACACAUGGACGAUCAUCGGCUGGAAAGUGAUACCCGAAUCGUUCGAUCGAGAAGGAACUAUUACGAGCUUCUAAAAUAAAACAUUGAAAUCUCGUAAGAACCGAUGACUUCUGUUGCGCGAGCAACUGACCCCGUUUGAAGCCUCCGAGAGAACCGUUCGCAGUCGACUGAUAAUAUAUACGCGCAGAUAACGCGCGAUUUAAGUGACGUUUCGUCAGCGAGAGAGCAAGCAAGAGAUCCGUCGCGGCGAGUGAUCUAGUCUUACUGGGUCAGACAGUUCAUUGGGUCGAGAUGUAUCAACGAGUGGUAUUGCUGAGCCUGCCGAAGGCUCAGUCGAUCGACAUUGAAUUCUCCAACAUCACUUACGAGGCGCAGUUUGGUUUCCGAGGGCCGUACAAGCAGAUCCUGAAGAGUGUCAGUGGUUCUUUCAAGUCUGGAGAACUGACGGCGAUCAUGGGUCCCUCCGGAGCCGGGAAAACCACGCUGCUAAACAUUCUAACGGGAUUCAAGAACACUAAAUGGAAGGGCGAAAUCAAUUACGUCGGAAAGGAAGGCACGCACACCUGGAGCGAGUACAGAAAGCAGUCGUGUUACAUUCAACAGGACGAUAAACUGCAUCCGUUGUUCACCGUGUCGGAGGCGAUGUGGACGGCGAUCGAUUUAAAAAUCGGCAGAAGUCUCAGUCGAAAGGCGAAGGAGAUGCUGAUAGACGAUAUACUGGAGAACUUGGACCUCAGCAAAACGAAGCAGGUCAAUUGCGGUCAGUUGAGUGGCGGUCAAAAGAAGAGGCUGAGCAUAGCGCUGGAACUGAUAGAUAACCCACCGGUGAUGUUUCUUGACGAGCCGACAACCGGUCUCGACUCCCUUUCGUCCUAUCAAUGCAUCAGCAUGCUGCGCAGCUUGGCCAAGGCCGGCAGAACGAUCGUUUGCACGAUCCAUCAACCCAGCGCGAUCACGUACGAGCUCUUCGACAACGUUUACCUGUUGUCUGACGGGAAAUGCAUGUACGAAGGCGCGACCAAGAACACGAUUGCCUAUUUCGCCAGCAUCGGUCUUCACUGCCCCAAAUAUCACAAUCCGGCGGACUACAUGAUAGAGGUGGUGAGCAAAGAGUACGGGAACUAUAACGAGCAGUUGGCCAAAUUAGCGAGCAACAGCGAGAUAUCAUGGCGUUCGACCACGAAGAAGGAAUCCAUCGAUCAGACGAACGAGAACAAAGCGACGGUGUUGAUCCAACCACCUUCGGAACUCGAGAAGUUCUUCGUUUUGAUGCAUCGUUGCGCGCUUCAAUUGACGCGAGACUGGACGGCGGUCCAUCUCAAGAUAGUUAUUCAUCUACUGAUGGGUAUUUUUCUGGGUUUGUUGUUCACGGAUACCGGCGAGAACGGCAGCAAAACGAUCAGCAACGUCGGACUCUUCCUAGUCAACCUAGUGUAUCUCAACUACACCUGCAUGAUGCCUACGGUGUUCAGAUUCCCCUCGGAGUUUGUGACCUUGAAGAAGGAGAGGUUCAACAACUGGUACCAGCUGAGGACUUACUAUGCAGCCACGUUGAUCUGUAGUGUACCCGUGCAAGUGAUUUACGCUGUGAUUUUCGUGUCUCCCUCUUACUUCCUCAGUCAGCAACCCUGGGACGCCAACAGGUUCCUCAUGUACAUGGCAGUGGCGAUUCUGUUGGCGAUGAUAUCCGAGAGUUUCGGGUUUCUGUUAUGCACCAUAACGAAUCCCGUAAACGGGACGUUCUUGGGAGCGAUUACCUUGUCUGUGAUGAUGGCUCUGGCGGGAUUCUUGGCCCUUUACAGCCACAUGCCUGCCAUACUCUACUACACUAGCUACGCGUGUUACUUCAGAUACGCCAUGCACGGAUUCGUGUACUCAGUGUACGGUUUCGGUCGAGAAAAACUGAUGUGUCCGAAAAACUAUUGCCACUAUCGAGUACCCGAACUGCUGUUAACGGACUUGUCGAUGACGGAGGAUAAUUAUUGGCUAGAUAUCGUCAUGUUGAUUUGCAAUUACGUGUUGUUCAGAUUCGUUGCGUACUGCACGUUGAAAAGAAAGCUCUCUUCCGCUUGAGCCGAUCGUUGCAAUAGGUGAGCGAAAAUUUAUUCGUGAACUGUGCAUCGCGAGAACAUAAAUUUGAACGACGAUGUACGAAGAAAAUGUCUGGGAGUGGUUCGGAACUCGUAAUAAUUGUCAUGAUCUAAGGUGAUUGAAUAAAAAUUGAUAAGUGAUCGCACGAAUGGAAAUGAGCGUGAAUUUUCUUGCCGAUCGGAAUAUCGAUUAAAACGAAUGUAUUUAUGUUCUACUUAGUAAUUUUCCUUACUAAUGGAGCUUCGCGACUACAGUGAUUUUUAAUACUUACCUGUUUUGUACCAAACAUUAAAAACAUUUCAACGGACUUAUUUUCAUUCAUAUUCCUUACCAACCAGGUCUCGACCUAGUAUUACAAAAUAUUGUGAGCUACUAAUUACUUACAUGCCUUGCGACUGUUUAUAAAAACGCAAAUAACAGAUUUUUUCUAGAGUAAUGGUUGAUGCAACUGACAAGGUCGAAAGUCAAGUGCAUCCGGGCAAAAUCUGUGGUACGACGACGGAACGUGUUGAAUUAUUCAGCAGUUUGUUGUGAACGCGAAAGCGAAGUGAUUCGGAACAUUUAGGUAUGAUACUUUCGUCACGAGCGGCGCUUAAACGGUCUCUAAUAAAACUAGAAAAACGAUAAAGGAAAUUAUAUUAUAAAAAGCACGUUUCCUGAAAACGUUGAAAAUCUGUAUUACAAACCUUGAUAGGUCGACAUUUGUAAUUAGCUUUUACAGCUGAAUGGUUAGAAGCGACCAGGGCGAAUACAGUCAGCUAACACUGUACUUGUCUGGCAAUUAAAAGUAUGUCUUAAACACUAAACGUAUCUACACUAUGUAUACGUUCGUAUCUAAGCAUAAUUAGGCGGCUGAAGAACAAAACUUACACCGAGACGCAAUCUAAAAAGUAAAAAGACAAAACGUAAGAUAUUGGUGCUUCUUCUUCGUGUAUCGUCUAAUACUGGGGAGCGUGUAAUGUACAAACGGAAGCUCGAGUGAGAAAGAAAAAAAAAA